GUUCCCUAUGGCCCUAUUACAUAGUCUCCCCUAGGCAAACCAAAGACUCGACAGAAGAUAAUUGUUCCUUCUGGCCCUACGGGCAUGUUGAGCGUGGAUGUAAACAGCUCCCCUGUCAAGGGAAAGGCCAAGGAUGACGGUAGAUGGCGUUCAAAUUGGUGGGAUUUUCAUCCUUUGGUUGAAAAUAUCCAGCGCCCAGUCGCAUGGUCGACUUCCUCUGUCAUUUUCACCGCGCACUCGUCCCAGCCUCUCCUACUUGGUCGCCUAUUUCCAUCAUCAAGGCAGUUCAUCGUCCCUUCUCCUGAACCUAUCAUUCGAUCACUGUCGUCUUUCGAGCCCCCAAGUGUCAUAAGCGUCGCUCCAAAUGACCAAUGGCUGUUUGCGUUCUAUCCUGGCAUCGAAGGAGACGGGAUUGCCUGUCUCUGGAUACGCGGACAUCAAGUAGAUAGCUGGACAGUCAAGGAGUGUUGGCCGAUGAGCCCGGGAGCCGGGGUGAUCACCGCCGCUUGGGCAGGGGUCGAACGAGAGUGGAUAACAUCCAGUGACGGGUUUUGUUCACGUCUCCCAUUACGCGGCCCACUCACACCUGUUUCGAAUCCCACCCUACUUCUGGUCACUCAAUCUCACGAACUCCAUGUCUGUUAUGCACGUCCCUACUCACCUUCGCUAAGCUUUCUCUGUUGUUCCUUGGUUCAGCCGUACUUCAUUACGGAGGGCCAAAGCCGGACUGCAUUUCAUGACGUACCUUCCGGACCAAAGUCUUCUAGGCUCUGUACUAGGGCUGCUAUUGGGUUCAUGUACACUGACUCCUCACUGCUGGUGGCCAUGAGGUCCCGGCGAUAUCCCACCACUGACAGUUUGGCGCCUGUUGCACACAAUGACAGUGACCUUGGUCUCCCGUUGGAUACACCACAUGGAGCUAUUCCGGAAGAGCAAUCUCCACCCUUAGACUGGGGUGCGCUGGCAGAGGAACAGACCAUUGAACUCUGUGAAGUUAAGCUGCGUUUUGACGGAUCAGCUAUCAACCUCAUAAGUUACCCACUGACACCCAUUUACCAUUCCUCACUUCACCUCACCAACCUUGCAUUCACAUGUGCUCCGCCUCCAAAGCCCGAUCCCAGUGCGUCCCCAAAAUCCUCACCUAGAAAGGACAAACAAUCAGCGCGCCCUGUAUCGGAGACUACGGCGAUAUUCCUUGUUGCCUCCUUCAUCGAUUAUGACGAUUACAACUCAAUCCCAAAAUCAGAAAUGACCUCUUAUUCUAUAUCCAGAGUUCUACCUUCACCGACGGUCAAAAGUUCUUGGUCAAUCCGCCAGAUUGGGGAAUGCUCCUUUGCUCCCCGUGUUAUACUGUCUUUUGCGCCAGCGUGGUCGCCGUGUAACCUCAGGAAAAGUGCCGUCGUUGUGAUGCUAGCCGAUACCGCAGGGUCGAAAUUCCGAGGAGGAUCCAGGGUUAAGGAAGUUCCUGUUGGUUGUUUCACUGUCUUACAGCUUCCUGAUUUAUCCAACGACGAGGGUUGGGGUCGUCCCCGCAUCAUGUCACCUGUUAGUAGGGCGGGAAUGGACUGGCCAGUGAGUAUCGCUACGUCCGUGAAUCGCACACUUUUGUGUGCAGUAUCCAUGACUCAGAUCUCCAUCCACUGCCUUCCCAGGCCUUGCGCCAGCAGUGCAGAAUUGAUCGGUCCCGGCCCUCUUUCUCCACUUGCCAUGAUUUUGACAUCCGCACUGGUAUCACGGAGAUCUAUCGCGGAUAUCACUCACGUGCUAUGCUUACCUUCAACACCCACGGAGAGUAUCAUCGAGACAUUUUCUGGUCUUUUGUUGGCUCAAGAGGUUAACGCCCGCACUGGUUGCGCAGCGUCGCUCACUUUGAUGGAAGUCAUCGGUGCGGAACUUGAGGUAUACAAAGCGAGAGCGGCUUCAACAGCAGAUGAAGAUGUGAAGGAACACCUCACCUCGCUUUGGCAGAAUGCUCACAAUAUCUGUUCUGUGGCAUCUACGCUUUCUGCGUUCGAGGAUUGCAAAGAUCAGGAAGGCUAUGAUUUAGAUGUUGUUUGGCAACUCGUCAGUUUGUCGGAAUGGGCAGUUGCCUUCCUGGAAAACAUCAUCAAAGAGUGUUUGUUACUCUGUGACAUGACGGAUGUCGUCCCCAAGGUUACCGAACUGAAACGCGAGCCCAUAGAUGAAAACCCCUUUUUCCCAGAAAGCGCGCCUCCUGCUGAUGCUAUUUCCCCAUUCGAUAUACCCGCUUUGCUGCACCUCGUGCAUCCCUCGCUACUGGCGAACCUUAUCAACAUGACUUCCCAUGUAUACCAGUUUUACCAGUGGUUGAACUCGAUGACAGCAAGGGGAGAGAGUGGUCAAAUGGCGCGGGACACCCUCCUUGAUGUCGUUGAUUAUUCUGGGUUGAAUCUUGAGGCAUUGGAGGACAUAUUCAGAAAUGUGCACAAGGAAGUGAGCGCUAUCCCAGGAGAACAAACGCGAUCGUCGCUAGCAAGAUGUCACCCCGUGCCGGCACAACACCACGAACUCCAAAAAAUCGUCCACAUGCUAUCUUCAUCCACAGCGAUUAACAAGUCCCGUCUUUUCAUCAAACCGGACAAGGAUGUCGUGACAAAGGCCCAGUUAAUCCGUAGAGGCAUCGGAGUUACAUGUCUCAGAUGUGGGCAAGAAUCUGAAGUUGUCGGGGAGGUGGGAUUGCCUAGACACGUCUUGUCGAUGUGGAGAUCGUGGGAGAGGACGUGGAUGACUCGAUGUGUGUGUGGAGGGUCGUGGGUGGGGGCGAACGCUGGUUCAAGGCACAGGAAGGCACUGUAAUUUUUGAACGUUAUCACUACACAGGGUAGUUCGUAAAAUCUUGCAAAGGCUAAUAACAGUGUUUACCC